AUGUAUUGGCGCUGUGACGAUCCCUCGUGUGGCUGCCAGCAGGCACCACGUCCACCUACAAACGUUACCAGCUUGAAGAUGCAAAAUCAAGUCACAGGCAAAAUAGAAGAUCUCAGCUCAUCCAACACUGAUCUUGACGCAAAAUUCGACAUCGUAUCCGGAACCAUGCACCUCAAACAAAAGCUACGACACCCCGAGCUCUGGCCGGACAUCCAGCAUGAGACAUGGAUUGAGUUCAAUCUGAGGAACAGCGUGUUUGUCAACCUGGAAGGACUGAAGGAUAACUCCCUUCUCUUCACCUUCAAGAUCAAUUCGCCCGAUACAUGGCAUGAAAAUGGAUGCUUGGCUGGUGGCCCGAAACGGUGUCACUCAGGAGUCAAAUUUAAGAUCCGCCAUCAAGUCAGUGGCUGGAUCGCCGAUGCGAAGGACGAUAAGGGUCCACUGUUCAACCAUUUGAUCAACUGUCCAUGCGAGGAGAGUAUUUUACAACUGCGUUUUUCAAGUGAUCGCAUCAGAGGCUGGAAGACUGCGGCACUGGUUCUGCUCACUUAUCGGCAAAUCGACACAAGAAUCUGGCAUCGCAUCCGGGACGAGUUGAAUCUGUUUGAUAUUGCAGGUCUCAAUUGGGCUCUAGUCCAGAAACAGAUCAUGUCGAUGUUUGUCAGUGUGAACACUGGAGCAGCAAAAGUACGAAACGGGACUCGGAGAGCUAUGAAGAAAGCUUCAAUUUCGAAGUGA